UUUGAGAUUGGCAAUGACUACUGGAGCUCGACUGGAAAGUCGUUCCGCCGCUUAGCAGUAGACUGACCGAUUGCUGUACAUAACCUGUAACGUGAAUACCGCAGUGCCUUGAUGAGGAUUUGGAAAAUCUUGACAUACAAGAUAUAAUGACUGAAAUGGCCAAGAAUGAAAACAGUGAACAGCUAGUGGAGCUAAUUCUAGAAGAGGAUGGCGAAUUAUAUUAUUUGCAUGUCUCUCCUGUAGAUAGUUCACGAGCUGCAAGGGACAUGGGAUUUGCUACUGAACUGCUAAAUCAGCAUAAAGCAGCUAUCGACUAUCAAGCCAUAAAUGCAAUAGCAGCAGGUACUGCUGAUGUGUCAACACUUGGAGAAAGCAACUUAGUCACAUUAAAUGUCUGGGACUAGGCAACAAAUAUUAUACACACUAUUGAGAUAACCCCAUCGCAGCGUGAUCGUGCAAUCAAAGACUUGGAGUUCGUCAAAAAGUUAUUGCAAGAAAAAACUACAAAUGAAAUUCCUGCAGCAAGUGGUAGUCAAUCAUCGACACAAUCAAAGUUGCAAAUAGGACAAAAAAGAUCAUCAACUGUAGUUCAGCUGACAGACAAAAUUGGCAAUGAAGAUGAAACAGAAGAUUUUGAAAAUGUAAAUGUCAACAAAAAAGCAAGAAAAACCAAAAAUGGUGAAGAAUUUUGUUUCUGGACUGAAUCCCAGACUAAGUUGCUUCUGUCACUGUACAAAGAAUAUCAAUCAAAGUUGGACGAAGGAUCAAUGAGGCAUAAAGUAUUUUGGACUCUAGUCGUUGAAGGAUUAAAACAAAAAGGACAUGCUUUCACUACUGUUCAAUGCUCUACUAAAAUGGAUACAUUAAAAAGAGCUUAUAAGAAAGUGAAAGAUCACAAUUCUCAAACUGGUAAUGAUAAAAAGACCUGCGAACACUUUGAGAUAUUGGAUGAGAUGUUUUCCAAAAAGCCAUGGAUUAAACCACUUUCACAAGCUGGAUCUAAUUUACCGAUGGAUGAUUUCGAUGAAAAUGAGAAAGAGAAAUCUAAGAGUAGACGUACAAAUUCAGUAAAUCAAGAAAAGUCAGAAUUUAUGAGGCAGACUUUAGAAAACCAGCGUUUACGAGCAGAAGCGACUGCAGAAUACAGAAAACACAAAUUAGAAAUUUUAAAGGAUUUGUCAUCAAAGUUUAAUUGCUAACGCAAUCUCAUUUACUUAUAACUUUCAGUUAUUAAGAUUAAUAUUAUAGUGAGUCAUGAAAAGUUCAUGGUUAUAUUUGAAACCAAAAAAGUAUUUAUUACAUUAAUGUUAUGGAGUUUUACUUCUAUGUUAGUUAAUGUACUUAUGUGAUUAAUAAGAGUGGUAUAGCAACUCAUAAAACGUUCAUGAUUUUGUAAAAUCGAAAAGUAUUUUUAUGAGAUUGUUAAAAUUAUACUUACCAGUGUGAUCGAUAAUCGAGUCAUGAUCGAUGGUACAAAUAACAUUCACUAAAGAUAUUACAUUAUUAAAUAUUGUUUCGAAUACAAAAAUAUGUUUGAUAUGAUUAAGUUUGUAAUCAUAUAUGUUUUUACUUUUAUUAAAGCAAUAAAUACAAUUGAGUAUUAA